AUGAGAUUUUUCAACCAUGUCUUCUUCUUACUUGCUAUAUUAUUGAUUCUCUCUGCUGUGGACGUUGGUGAAUGCGGAAUCAAAGAAUUUCUCGAAAGGGAGCAUAAGCUUAUUAAAUGUAAACCUCAGGAAAUCAUCAGUCAUCCGAUAGUUAUACCACUCCGAAGGCAUUAAUAUGUCGUGCUCGAUUGUCGAUAAACCUUGGCAUUGU